CGCAGUCGGAGCAACGUUGGAGCUGGGUACCCUGCAAAACCAACAGAACUGCCGGUUUUGGGGCAUGGGAGGGUUGGAUCGCAGUUGGGUACUCAGUAGUUCUUAGUUUUUUGAAAAAAAAAUUGUUGUGUUAAUUUGAGGUUGAUGACAGUGUUGUGGGUUUUGCUUGAAGGGCUGAGGAAGUGGGUGAGUGAGUGAGGGAACGAGUCUCUGCCUCAACACGAGCGCGGGAACGAGGGCGUAACGCGAGGGCUUUGCUCGCACUAGGGUUAACAAGAGCGACUCUCUUUGUGUGUGCGUGUGUGAGUGAGAGAGAGAGCGAGAGCGAGAGAGAGAUGUUGUUGUUCGUCGUUGUCGUCGUGCCAUUGUCGUAGUUGCCGUUGUUGCGAUCAAUUGCGCUUCAUCUCCAAUGCCCACAAACAGAUUCCCAUUAUCGACUCGGGCUUGCUUCGUUGUCGUCGUGGAUAGAUUCCGCAGGAUUCGUUCCUGUUCUAUUGCCUGCUGUUGCGAAGCUCAAGCCCUCGUCUACACCGGCGUUGCGACUGCAUUGCUGUUGGAGUCUCGGCUGCAACCUGGGCACUAACUGGCGGUUUCUGCACAUAACUUCUUGAGGGCCUUAGUCGGCUAAUUCCUUGUCUAGAACCUCCUCCUUAUUACACAAAGCACUGUGUUUACAUCUCAUCUCUCGCGCAUGGCCCUCACAGUGUUUCCUGCUAAUUUCUCACACUCCACCUUGCGGUGGCCUUUCCAAUGUCAUCUAUGGCCUUCUCUGCCUUUCCUCUCUGCCUCAAUUUCUCCGCUUCAGUUUCUCUUCCUCAGCUGCACUUCAAGCUCCUAUCUAGGUGAUUAUCUGCGGUUCUUGGAAGACUUUGGAGGUGAGCAUGUCAGGCGCAAGUGGAUCGUCAGAAGACCUACACGACGAAGAGCAGGUCGACAUAGAUGGGGCGGUAGAUCUUGACGAAGAGGUCGACGAUGCUAGUGCUGAGCAUGAGGAUGAAGAAGAGGUCGAAGAAGAGAAAGCUCAGGGGCUAGAUUUGGACAUAGACGUGGAAGCUCAAGAAGGAGACGAUAGCCAGGAAGACCAAGAUAUUGAUGUUCUUAAUGGAGAUCAUGAUCAUGGGAUUACAGAGGCCGAUCUUGCUGCCGCGGAAGAGACUGACGCCCAUGUUGGAGCUGACGUUGCGAUAGUGGAAGACAAGGAAGAAAAAGACGCUGAGAAGAGCGGUGACCUUCUUAAGCGGCCUCCUCAUGGCUCUGAAAUAUUCGUGGGGGGCAUUACUCGGGAUACAACUGAGGAAGAUUUACGAACACUCUGCUCUAGUUGUGGUGACGUAUACGAGGUUCGUCUUCUGAAGGACAAAGAUACUGGUCAGAACAAGGGCUAUGCUUUUGUCACAUUUCUGAAUGAGGAGUGUGCGGAAAAAGCUAUUGAGACAUUGAAUGAUUCAGAAGUCAAGGGACGAAAACUUAGAUUCUCUCAAUCGCAAUCAAAGCACAGACUCUUUGUUGGGAAUAUUCCCAAGACGUGGGAAAAGGAGGAACUUGAAAGUGUACUGAGUGAGCAAGGACCAGGCAUACAAAGUGUUGAACUUCUCAAGGAUCCAAAGACUCCGGGAAGAAAUCGUGGAUUUGGUUUCGUAGAGUAUUACAAUCAUGCUUGUGCUGAACAUGCCAGACGUGAGAUGUCUAAAUCAAGUUUUCGACUAGGAACUAAUGCUCCUACCAUAAGCUGGGCUGAUCCACGGAGUGGGCCUGAUGUCUCUGCAAUGUCCCAGGUCAAAGUUGUGUAUGUGCGUAAUUUGCCAGAUAGUGUGACUGAGGAGCAGCUGCAGAAGUUGUUCGAACGCCAUGGUGAAAUCGUGAAGGUGGUCUUACCUGCAACUAAACCUGGGCAAGCAAAGCGUGAUUUUGGAUUUGUUCACUUCUCUGAUCGAGCACAGGCUCUCAAGGCUAUCGAGAAAACGGAAGUCUAUGAAUUGGAAGGUCGCAUACUCGAGACAUCUCUUGCAAAGCCUCCAGCGGAGAAAAGGGCUGCUGGUGGGGAGCCUGCCUAUCCCCCACAGCGAGCUGGACUUCUGCCUCAGCAUCAAAAUAGAAGUGGCUACGGCUAUGGUGGCGAUGUAUAUAAUAGUGUUGGUGGUGCCUACGGUCAACCCAGAGGUUAUAAUCAGCCGAUAAUUUAUGGGCGUGGUCUAGCACCCGCAGGCAUGACCAUGGUACCGAUGAUGCUACCAGAUGGUCGUGUUGGUUAUGUCUUGCAACAACCAAGUGGAGGACAAGGAGGACCUGCUCCGUAUCGUGGUGGUAGGGGCAGUCAUGGGUUACUGCCAUUUAGACACGGUGGAGGCAGUGGUGGCAGUGCUGCAUCUGGAGCUGGAGGAGGCCGUCGUUACCGUCCAUAUUGAGAUAUGGUCAUGUUUUUGAGAUAUAGAUGUGACUUUAUGAUGAGGAUUUCCUUUUACGUCAAUUUGAUAACUGGUACUUUGAAGUAUGCUGGAUUAUCACCUUUGGCUCUCGUUGUUUGGGCUAACUCUCAAGGUGCCGCUUAUGCAGAGGAGCUUUUGUGUGGCAGGAUGCCCUGUUAGUCGUGUCAAGUGCCAUUUCUUCUUUUGAUUGUAUGUAAAAUGUGGCAUUACGAUUUA